UUAGUUUAGUCAACGUCUCAUUGACCCAAUACAUCCAUCAAUUUUGUUAUAAAUACACAAAGGUGUGGAGGAAAAACAUCACAACUCAUAUCCAUUGGGAAAAAAAAACUAUCCUCUGAAAAUAACUCUCUUCCUCUACAAUGGCUGCAACCAUCAAUGAGCUAGACUAUGAGUUUCCACCACAUAUCAAAGUCUACAAAAACGGCCACGUCGAAAGAUUAACCGGAACCGACACCACGCCACCUGGCACCGAUCCUCAAACGGGCGUUUCCUCAAAGGACGUAAAAGACAUAAUCCCGGAAACCGAGGUUUAUGUCCGAAUCUACCUGCCAAAACUCACCACUGCCAAUCAGAAGCUCCCUCUUCUUGUUUAUUUCCACGGGGGUGCAUUCUUCGUGUACACCCCUUCUUCUCCUCUCUACCACAAUUACAUGAAUGCCCUCGUAGCCGAAUCCCAAGUCAUCGCAGUUUCCGUGCACUACAGGAGGGCUCCGGAGCACCCUCUCCCCAUUGGCUACGAGGACUCAUGGGCCGCGCUCCAGUGGGUGUCGGCUCACAGUAGCGGCGACGGGCCUGAGCCGCUCCUCAACCGCCAUGCGGACUUCCGGCGAGUUUUCCUCUCCGGCGACAGCGCGGGCGGCAACAUAGCGCACAACUUGGCCAUGGCGGUCGGGAAUCCCGACGCAGGGGUGAAAUUGGAAAUUCUUGGGAUCGCAUUGGUGGAUCCAUAUUUCUGGGGGCCAGAUCCGAUCGGGUCGGAGGCGCUCGACCCAGACAGGAAGGCAUACGUGGACCGGCUGUGGCCGUUGGUUUGUCCGUCGUGCCCGGUAGACGACCCGUGGAUCGACCCGGUUGGGCCGGGUUUGGCGGGUCUCGGGUGCUGGAGAGUGCUGGUUUGUGUGGCCGAGAAGGAUAUUUUGAAGGAUAGAGGGAGGCUUUAUUUCGAUGCGUUGAGUCGGAGUGGGUGGUUGGGUACGGUUGAGAUCCAUGAAGUCGAAGGGGAGGGGCAUUGCUUUCAUUUGCACGACUUGAAUGGCGAGAGAGCUAAAGAGAGGAUGACAAGAAUGGCUGCUUUCUUCAAUAGGGAUAUGCCACCUGCAUAUGCUUCGACACUAGCGAAUAGUAUCGAACCAUAAUAAGUUACGAUUCAUUUAAUAAAUUUUGCUUCAGACGACGGUUAUGUCUAUCGAAUUUGCGUUUUUUGUAUGUCCAUAAAAAGCUGAAUUUCAUGGAAUGGGAAAUGUUGCUGAGUACAAAUGAUCAGAUG